UGUGGCGUCUGUCAACAGAAACAGAAGCUAGCAGCGAAGCUAACGGUAAACUUCUGCCUCUGGAUGUUGACAGUUCGGUAAGAAGCUUGUUUCUCUCUCGUCACGCAACACAACCACCUUUAUCUGUCUUACGUUCACCGGGACGUCGGCUCUUCCACCCGGUGGCUCGUUGACUGGCUCUGCAGAACUGAAUGAGGUGCGGUCUUCUGCCACUGCUGUCUUGUAAGUGCUGCUGCUGUUCCCGGGAUGGGCCAGCAGAUCUCAGGUCAGGCGGUGAUGACCCGUCUGCCUGAGAAGCUGGUGAAACACGUAGGACUGGUGCGUGACAGCGGCUACCUCACCUACGAGGAGUUUCUGGCUCGAGUGGCCGAACUUAACGACGUCACGGCCAAGCUAGCUGCUGGACAGCAGAAGCACCUGCUGUUUGAGGUGCAGCCAGGAUCCGAUGCCACAGCCUUGUGGAAGGUGGCCGUCAGGAUUGUUUGUACCAAGAUCAACAAGGAGAACGGUAUGGUGGAAGCAUCGCGGAUCAUGAACCUGUACCAGUUCAUCCAGCUGUACCGAGACAUCACCAGCCAGGCUGCCGAGGUGCUGUCUGCAGAGGGCGCCACCGAGGGCCCGUCUGCCCAGCUCCCCUCCACUGACUCCUGCCAGGCCAGCAUGUGGAUGGGCAGAGUGAAGCAGCUGACCGAUGAGGAGGAGUGCUGUAUCUGUAUGGACGGGAAGGCCGACCUUAUCCUGCCCUGUGCACACAGCUUCUGUCAGAAGUGCAUUGAUAAAUGGAGCGGGCAGAGCCGAAACUGUCCAAUAUGCCGCCUGCAAGUGACUGCUGCCAAUGAAUCGUGGGUAAUGUCUGAUUUCCCCACAGAGGACGACAUAGCCGGCUACAUCCUGAACCUGGCUGACGAGGCAGGCCACCCACACAGGCCUUAACACACAGCACGCUGAGCCAACUAGAUAACAAGGGAAAUCGACCCGAACUAAGUAGACUUUGCAACACAAAAUGUCACUUUCACUGAGGAGGAGGGUUUUUUUUUUUUUUCUUUAAAUGCUAGCAACGCAGAAAGAAACCUAUCCUACUCCUUAUGUUAUUAGUGACAGGUUUGGAAUAUGAAACCAGUAAUACUUUAUUUUACAGGUCCCCUGUUUUCCAGGUAAUUUUCUGGGAAUCUUCCACAUAAUAUCCCGAAAGAUAAGCUGGUAUUUAACUGUAAAUUACCAGGAUAUCACAGAAUGUUCAAUUUGGUACUGAUUAUAAAGGAAAUGGAGAAAGUUAGUAAACUAUUAAGUACUUGCUUGUUAUAUUUGAGUGUUUAAGACAAAAAUAGGAAAUUCUCUUGUAGGUGACAAAUACUACCAGAGGUAGAAAUACAUUUGUAAGUAUAACUGCUUAACCUGUGAAAUUUUAAAGCUUGUAGUUUGUUUUAUUUGUUUAUGAUCAUAUCAGAAACUAAGGAAUUUACAGUGCAGCUGAAAACUACAAGUGACAAUUCAAUUCGAUCGAUAUGCAGCAUAAUGUCGACUCAAUUAUUAAUUAUUUACCAAAUCUCAAGCAGCUCCACAGUGUAUGGCAGUUGAAAGAGGAAGAAUCCAAAUGACAUAUUGUUGUUAGUCUGUCCAGGAAACUCAGAUGGAUAUUGGCAUCUGUUACCUACUACUAGUUUUUUAAAAUUAAAACAUAACGAGCGAGUGUUUAAUAACAGUAGCAACAAACACAUUCUCCUUUCCCUUCAUAAUUAAUACCACAUUGUGUGAACCUUUCUUGGAAAUUUCACAGCAACUUACAGCUAAAUACCAACUAAUUUAUAGGAAAUUAUGAGCAAAGUUUCCAGGAAAUUAGCUUGAAAAUACAGGAUCUGUAAAAUAUAGUAUAAUGACACCCUGUCUCUUAAAGUCCUAAAAAAAAUCCCAGGAUGCUCUUUGUAACCCAUGUAUUGUAGCUGUGAUGCUUUAUGGGAACUGUGUGUGAUAAUAUGUUGUCUGAAGUGAAAAUUCAGUAUUUGUAGUAUGCUAUAAUAAAUUCUAAUCUUUUAUUUUAACACACAGAAUAACCAGAAGUACAGUUCUUACAGUACUUUUUGGGUUGAUUUAACCAACAUGGGAGAAAAAGACCUGGGCUGGGACAAACCAGACACUUUAUACUAUGAAUUCUGAUUGAAGUUGAAGUUGCCUUUUGUGUUAAUAUGAAUGGAAAAGAGGAUGAGACAGAAGAGGUGAAGUAAAGUCAGUGACUCCUGCAUCAACUUAUAUUAAAAUUUAAAGGAAUGGUUCAACAUUUUGGAAAAUAUUCACUCCCCGGUAGAGUUAAAUGAGUGUCUGUCAACUGCAAGGCUACAACCAGCAGUGGAUUAGCUUAGCUUAGCACAAAGACUAGAAACGGAUGGAAACUGCUAGCCUGGUUCUGCUCAGCAGUAACAGGAGGGGUUAUAGCCAAGCACAAUAACUUCUUGGAGCCUGCCAAGAAAUAGUCACACAACCCACUAUAAAACAGCAAAUUCUAAUUUUUAAACUUAAGUUUUUGUUUGGUCAUGAAUUUGUAAAAGUUAGAGGUGUUAUUAGGUGGAUUUUGUUAUCUCUGUACAUCUGUUUCCCCCUGUUUCCAGUCUUAACGCUAAGCUAAACUAACUAGCUUCAGGCUGUAACCUUCUGUGUAACAAACAUCUCAUUUAAUUCUCCAGCAGAAAGGAAACAAAAAGCAGUAGAACACCAAAUACACCCUUUUUUUUUUGCCAGAGUCAAACUGUAAAAGCCAAAUUUAUUUUCCACAUGUGAAGCUGUUCUGUAGUCCGUUCGAUGUAACCCUGCAUGUUUAUAUCCCACAUGACAUGAAUUAUCAGCCGUGUUGUGUGAACAAUGUUAUAAACUGAUGCUCUGAUCUGCUGGACUCCUGGGUGUACAGAACUGACUAGUUUUAUAUGAUUUUAAUGACUUGGCCUGCUGUGGUAUCUUCUUUACUGUUGGAAAUAACCACUAUUUGUCAUCUUUUUUUUAACAUAUAUUUUUUCCCUUCCAUAAUUGCAUUAAGAUGAUUUUAAUCUGAUUGCUGCAGAAGUACUCUAGGUCUCACCUAAACAGCCAUUUCUUGUCUUUGCUUUGCUUUUCUCUGUCAAGCCAUUAAUUCAACUCAGGCAGCUUUUCCGUUAUAACUGACCUCCUGCAGGAUUACAGUUAACUACAAAAAUAGUUUUAUUUUAAAUAAGUAUUUCUGCCUUGGUUUCCAAAUCUGAUAAAUCACAGGCAGCACUUUUCAGUUUAAGAGGACGUGGUUGUGAUUUAUGUGAACUGGAUCCAUGCUGAAGUAUUUCAUGAAAUGUGAAUAUAUUACUUUGCAUUAGAGCGAUAAAUUUCUAUUUUACUGAAAAUCUAAUGCUUUAUUUUAAGUUGUAGAGAUAUGAGUUGCUAAUUCAGCUUUUUGUUUGGUGACAUUGAGUGAGUUAAUCCACUUUACAUUUGAUCUCAUUAAGAUGUUUUAAAAUGUUUCCCGGUAUGAGACGAUAACUCCACAGUUAUCCCACAGCAGUGUAACAGAAGCCGUUUGAUUUUACACAGGAGUCAUUUACUAAACAGCUUUUUUCUGUUCUGUUAAUAGACCGUAAACGUGAAAUUUUAUUGGACCAGAAGUAAUUUUUGGUCGUUGAUGCUGAUAAAUCGCACUUUGAAACUUCACUGUAGCUUUCUUGGUGUUUGUGCACUACAGCAACAGAGGAUUUUUAUCUCUGUGGUGGAAAAUAUUAUCUGACACUGUAAUCCAACAGCAGCUGAGUCUGUUUGCACCAAAAGAUACUCAACCGUAGGAGGCUUUUUUCACCAAAUUAAACAUGAGUUUGAUCAGAGGCCAUCUGAUCUAAUGGCCACAUGGCUGCAUGUAUUAAACAUUUGAUAAAUACAGAAUGAGGAAACAUUCAAUUUGGAUUCCAGGCCAUUUUUCAUAAUAGAUUACUAUAAAGCAUCUGAUCCUACAUACACAUAUUGUAUGUAAAUGUUUUUGAGUAUGCCCUAAGCAAACAAACUGCUGUGUAAUGUAAUGUUGUGACCUUAAGGUGGUAGCAUUAUCCUGAAGUUCUGCUUACAUGCGAACAGCAUUAUUGAAGGCAUUCUAUUAGCAAAACUGAGUGAAAGGAGGUGUAUUAAAAUUGAAUUUAUUCUUACCGUAUUAUCCUUAAUAAAGAGAUACUCACUUUUUGCACUUUAAAGACUUCUUUGUGUUCUGAUGGAUAUAAAAAUUGAUGCCGCACUGAUUCUUUCAGUAUCAAGUUGUAUAUUUGAUCACACAAAAACUGUUUAUCCAUCUCAUUUAAACAUGCAAAGGAAAUCUUAUGCAAUAAAAACCUAAAUGCUGUCAUGUACCAACUAUGUAACAUUAAAGCAAUGUGCUAUAUAGUUUUUUUAUCAUCA